UGUAGCUAGUCCUUUCAAAUUACCGAGUUUCCUCGUUUGACUUUUCGACAUCAAAAAUUGUGUGUGUUAGAUCGCAAAUCACCGUUUGUUCGAAUAAUGUGACUUAAUCUCGGCUGGAAGACACAACGAUAAACUCGACCACCUUUACGGAACUAGAAGGUCUGCUUUCUUCAACGCAAUAACGCAUUGAAGACAAGGAUUUGAAAAGAAGAGAAAAAAUAACGUCCGUUUGUAUGAAAGCCCUCUAACAUGGCCAAUCUGACGGCUACACUUGGAGCGCCUAGCUACGACCCAACGGAGAACGAGGACCGCGAGAACAUCCCUCCUCCUGCCGACUCCGCCCCCAGGCCGCCGAGGGAGCCCAAUCAGAACGUUCCUGAUGAGCGUGUAUUCCCGCUUUACAGAGAAGUCGUGGACAAAUGGCACAACACCAUGAAGAACCUCGGCCAGAGUCCUCUCAGUUCGCCAGACAUAGGGGACGAGGCGCUCCCUGAGCUCAGCAUGCUGGACACCACGGCGGAGACCUCUCACCUGUCUCUCGCCAAAACGAGGAGUCCUGCUGCUGCUUCCCUCUCGUCCACGCCCAGAUACUCCAGAGAGAUGGACAAAUGGCACAACACCAUGGCGAACCUCGGCCAGAGUCCUCUCGGGUCGCCAGACAUAGGGGACGAGAUGCUCCCUGAGCUCAGCAUGCUGGACACCACGGCGGAGACCUCCCACCUGUCUCUCGCCAAAACGAGGAGUCCUGCUGCUGCUUCCCACUCGUCCACGCCCAGAUACUCCAGAGAGAUGGAAUCCGGCCUCACGCCCGGUUUCAAAAGCUUUAACCUGCCGGGCAAAAACUCCAGGAAGGGCCUGACACCUGGCCCGGCCAGGCAUGGGCUGACGGCUAUUCACAACAUGCCGCACCUUAACCAGGAGUUGUUCACCACAGAGUAUCACAAACGGAGGGAGAGCCUGGGUCGGCUUCCCGCCGGACCGGACAGCUUGGCUCCGGCCGGGUGGCCUUGCUUCUGGCUGCAGGACGAGACCCUCCCAGAGGUCAGCUUGAUGGACUCCACCAUGGAGUGUUCUAACCUCUCCACCAAUGGGGCCGCUCCCUCCUUCGUGCCCCCGGUUCCUGAACGGCACCUUGCUGUGACGCCUAAAGUGGAGGAGGAGCCCAGCCCAGGCUCCAUGUUGAGUCUGGUCAGGGAUGAGAGUUUAGUUCUCACUCCUCGCCUCCUAGCCUCCACAGGGCAGCAGAGCCUCGGAGAAAGUCGCUUAAUGGACCACAGCAGUCUCCACACACUGGAGAUGACGAAAGCUGAGGUUGUCCAGAACUCAGUGGAAAGCUCUUCCUGUCCCGAAUCCGAUGUCACCCGUGAAUCCAUCCUUCCCCAUGGGGUAGUGGUUCUGGGAGCUGAGGUUGUCCAGAGCUCACUGGAAACAUCCUCCUUCCCCGAAUCUGAUGUCACCCGCGAAUCCAUCCUUCCCCAUGGCGAAGUGGCUCUGGAAGCUGAGGUUGUCCAGAGGUCACUGGAAACAUCCUCCUUUCCCGAAUCUGAUGUAACCUGUGAAUCCAUCCUUCCCCAUGGGGAAAUGGCUCUGGGUUCUCCAUCGCUGUGCUCCGCUUCUGCUUCCCAAUUCCCUGACAGGACAACUCUGGUCCUAGCAUUGGACCACCCGAGGCAGCCCGAGCUCAACACCACCCAGGUCCUCAACACCACCCAGGUCCUCAACAACACCCAGGUGCUCAACACCAUCCAGGUCCUCAACACCACCCAGGUGCUCAGCGAGAAUGCGGUGGAGGUGGCAAGCAAUGACAGCCCACGGUCUGAGCAGGGGUCCGCCCCGCGCUCUGGGAACGACACCUACUUCAGUCCACCUAGUGACUCCUCGAUGAACAGCAAUGUCACUAUGGAGGCCAUCGACUCCUCGGGGGUCAAGUGCCACCUAAGUUUGCCGCUCAACAAACAGCUGUCGGAACCCGUUUCCAUUAGACCCAGUGCAGUGGUCUCACUGGGCGAUGCCUGCUCAGGUGUCAAACUCGAGGACACCUUUAAGAGCAUCUCUUCUCCAACCCUAGGUGCCCAAGGAUGUAGUCAAGACAACCAGAGCGUCGGCCAAGACAACCAGAGCGUCGGCCAAGACAACCAGAGCGUCGGCCAAGACAACCAGAGCGUCGGCCAAGACAACCUGAGCGGAAGUCACUUUGAAGCCCAACCCAGAGCGUUAUCAACUGCCACUCACAAUGGGUCCAAUAAUAACCUGGUUGUGGCGCUGGACCUGCGGUCCGAGGUCAACACCACCCAUGGGUCCAGGGGGGCAACGGCCGACAGGGCGAGCAGCACCAUGACCGUCUCCCCACAGGACGCCUCCAGACCUCUGUCCCCAGCACCCAGCGCCACAAAGAGUGACGAGAAUUCACUGAGAUGCCAAACGCUGGCAUGCACACCCGUUUAUAAAUGCAGUGCCGACCUCAACUUUGACGACACAUUCGAGAGAGCUUCUCCUCCCAAGGCAAGUGCCCUGAACUGUCAAGCCAAUCAGACAGCUGGAUGUUUGAUCACCUCCACGCCCAUGUCAGACUGGAAAGUCUAUGUGCCCACGAGCCAGACCUCACAGGUGCAGAAGAGGGGGUACUCUGACGGUCCAUCUAAGCCCCUCCCACAGACAAGCAGCCCUGCCGCCAGUGCGGACCAUGUGGCCGCCAGUGCGGACCAUGUGGCCGCCAGUGCGGACCAUGUGGCCGCCCCGGAUGUUCGCUCGCUCCUGCCAAACCAGGGUCCUGCCCGAGCCAUACCCCGCAGUCUCCGGUACAAUUCCGCCCCUGGUGGCACGGGGCGGCGCCUCAGCCUCGCCCCUACAGGGAGGAGAGUGUCAGCCAUGGCUCCGCCCCCUAAACAGAGCAAACCAAAGAACAGCAUACCAGACACCACCAGCACAACCAGUAUACCCAGCACCACUGGUAUAUCGAACACCACCAGCCUCUGCCCUGCACCACCAGGCCUCAAACCGCCAAGGAGAGUCCUUCAUAAACCGGCUGCAACGGGCAUCCCAGCGACCAAUCGGAGGACUCUACCAGGUCUCAGACCGCCUACUGCACGACUUGCCACCGCAGCCUCGUCCAAUGAUAAGCCUGGUCCAUCCUCAGCAGACAGUCGCCGUGAGUCGCUGAGCCAGGCCAAGAGGAGCUUGCAGCCCGGGAGUGAAGCUCUGGGGCUGGCCAAGAGGAGGAGGACAGUAUGUACCCCCACAGAUGUUCCAGGACCUUCUACCACCAUGGAGGCCUCCGUUCUGUCUCUGGAGCCCACCAGGGGGGCCUGUGGCCUGAGGGCUCCUCCCCCAAGAACCUGCAAGACCCCAGCACUGGCUGGGUGUUCAAACUGUGCCCUGCUGAACAAGGAGCUAGAGAAGAAUCGUGCGGUGAUAAGAGGACUGCAGAAAGUACUGGAUGGCUUCGUCACCCCAGCAUCAUAACCAGGACCCGUUGGCAGAGACGACAGCGGCACAACAUUGAAAAUAUGUAAAUGAAUACAAAUAACAAGAAUAAUAUGUGAACUAAAUAAAAAUAACAACUAAAAGUUUUUUGAAAUGUUUCCAGAUUUGUUUAUUGUACACUUGCUUUCAUGUUUCCAAAUCGGACUGAUGGAGAAGGCUAAUGAAGGUUCAAUGAUUCAAUUCAAAUAACUUUAUUUUCCGUUAGGAACUUCAGAUGUGGAGUAGCAGCAGGGUGUGUCCAUACCCAACAGUACAUACAAUAAACAACACGCACCAUCAGCCCCGCAGAAAAUAAAAAUCCUUGCCUAAGCCUAAUGAAUAAAUAGUAUUACCUCCAUAUUGGAGGAGAAAUAAAUAAAUAAUUUAACAAGAUUCCAGUUAUUAAAACGAGAGUAUACAGUUCAAAAAGAUUCCAGGUGAAUGUCGAUGGUUCGGCUUGAAAGUAAAAAGUUUAAAGUUCCACUUGACACAAAUAUGGAAACUUAGUUGAUACAGCAAUA